UUUGAUAUUAUUUAAUGUCCACAAGACGUCUCUCUAAUACAGUAAAUAGUAAUUUCUACACAAUACACUAACCCAUGCAAAUAUCUAUUAAUCAAUUGGGUAUUUAUUAUUUAUUACAAUAAUAUAUUGCAAUAAAAGAAAAGAAAAACCUAACAGUUUCAGCUGGUGUAUUUCCAGCUAGUGGACUCGAAGAAAAGGAAUAUUUGGUAUUGAAUAGUUUUCCAAAUGUCAGUCACAAUGUUUGGAACUUGCCACAAGUUACUGAAAGCAGAAAAUAUUCUCAACAUUUUUAACUAAAAACAAUCAGAUUCAUUUUUAAAAAUGACUUCCAAGUUCAGACAGAGUUUCAAAGUUGUCGACAAAGCUCUUUUACGAUGGUUCCCAGGCCACAUGGGGAAAGGGAUAAGCAUUGGCGUAAGCACGAGGUACAUGGGUAGGUUCCGAACAAACAGAUUUAACCCAUGGACCAAUUUGCAAAAAACCAUUGGCCAAAAAAAAACGGAAGCAAUUGACGGAGACGUGCAGGCGUUUAAAAGUGAGCAUUUGGUUAACAUACCUAACCCGUACGAAAAGGAAAAACGGUUGUGCAUUCUCUGCAAAAUGAACAUUGUUCCGGACUACAAGAACACUAGGAUGUUAUCGCAGUUUAUAUCCCGUUUUACUGGUCGUAUUUACGGCAGACACAUUACAGGCCUUUGCCGACACAAACAAGACCACGUUGAAAAAGAAAUUAAAAAAUCCAGGGAAGCAGGUUUGAUGCCGUUUUAUUUCAGAAAUCCAGAGUUUAGCCAUGACCCUAAACUGUUCGACCCUGACAAUCCGUUUAGACCUCAUCAUUAUUAAUGUUACCAAAUCAGAUAAAAAAUAAAGUUGUAUAUUAAAAAUAAAUUGUUCAGUUCAAUAAUAAUAAAAUGUAGAUGUGUGUUUUACAUGCAAGUAUAUGAACUGUGAUUUAGUUUCUAUAAAUUAA